GACAUAUUUUGACACCCAGAAGUGCCGUCACUCCUGGGACGGGUCGAUAAGGUCCUCAAACUUUUACUUUUCCUUACAGCGCCGUACACUAGUAAUCCCAGCGCCUACUCUAUUAUUGACAUUGCCCAUGCGCUGCUGCUGUCUGUCGCUCGGGGCCAGAGAUGUCUGGCUCUGUAAUAUUAGCGAGCUGUGGCGAGAAUGACACGCGGGUUGUGCUCAAAGCGGUGUGAGCUGAUGCUGUAUUAUUAUGUUCUAGCUGACAUGGAUUAUGCAAUGGACGAUGACAUCUGCGUCCUGACCCACGAGAAAGCCGUACGGAAACCCUUUUAAGACAGUCGAGGACGGAGUACUGAAGGCUGAGGACCGAGAAAUAACACUUGAGGGGAAUGGCCAGGGUAGAGGUGUGACUGCAGCCUCUGAACAUGUGCUGAAACAACAGGCGAGCCUGCCUGCAUGCCACUUCCUUAUGAGAGCGCAUACAGGAGACUUCUCCUGAGAAUGUCCUAAAAGGGUUUCCGUACUGGUGUGAUGUCACAUCCCUCCUACAUCUUGAUCGCAUGGCCUGGACAACACAACUUCCUGGAAGCGGCUCCAUUCGAUUAUUUAGUAAUAAGAAAAUGUACAGACCAAGAAAAAGUGGAAGGCAUUUAGGAAGCAGCCACUACCCGUAUUAUAGAAGAUAUACAUAUGACUCUUCAGAUUACUUUUCUAAAGAUGAUGAGCUGUUUGAUAUGAAAAGGGCAAAAGGACCUAUGCAGGCAAAUGCAGAAGAAAAUAUCUCUGCAGAAGAAGCAGAAAGUACUUCAGUAGAGGCAGAGAAAUUGGACAGUCCAGAACACAGUGAAGAAUGCAAGUCGGAAGAAAGAAGCGAGAAUAAGGACAGUGCAUUAUUAGUUAUACAGACCAAUAAAGAGCUUUAUCAGUUUGUGGAAAAUUUUGAAGUGGCAAGUGACUCUGAUGUCUCCUUCAUCUUAAAAGUUGCAAAAGGUUUUCGGUGUGCCCUCCAGAAGUUUAAGGGUGGUAAUUUGGAAAAUGAGGUGUGUCAAGAAGUAGUGCCUAGUAGCGAAAGAAGCUUUUCUGGAGAUUCUGAAGCCAGCACUGCUAUGAACACACCAAUGGAGAGUGAAAGUAUGUCGCUGGAAGAUUUAGUUCCAAAUUGCAGUGAUGAAGAAGAUACAUAACAUAAAUGUAUAUGUCUUUAUAACUCUCCGUAUACAAUAUUUCUUUUACGGUAUUCCAACUCCAAAAUUGUUUAUACCUUUUCAUUUGUAGUAUGCACUGUUUAUAUAUUGAAAUAUUUCAGUUUUUUUCUUUUAAAUUAAACUGCUACAGAGCAAA